AUGUCAUCAACUUUACACUUAACUCGGAAAAGCUGUGUUCAACUCUUUAAGAGGAAUAUUAACUGUUUAUGUCACUUUGGUUUUCGGUAUCACAUUUGCCUGUCACAGAGAAGCGAUCGCUCCGCUCUGCCCGGAGCCUCUCCUAAUCCCCGAGCUCAAGUAGAUUCCGCUGGCCCGCGGCCUGCGCCCUUCGCCGGGCCUACGCCUCCCCGGCCGCCCGGCAGGAACCAAAUCUCCUCCGCCAAAGUCGGCAGGGAGAGAAGCUCUAAAACCGCCGCCGGCCGAGGCGCCUCCUCCCGGGGAGGACAACUCCACACUCGCUCCGCCGAGGAGACCCGAGGCUGCCGGGGAAGGGAACAGGAGCGGGAGGGGGAGCAGAGGAGCCCGGGACCUGGCCCCGCCGCCGCCGCCGCCGCCGAAAGAAAGAGAAGGAAGGAAUUUACCUGGGCGAAUCGGCGUUUGAAUCCGUGGAGAGGCCGAGGCCGAGGCGGCUGUGAACAAAAUGCCGACCGGAAGUGCAGCUGCAGGAAUGACUCCCUCCACCGGCGCCAAACACCAACAACCUCCCCCUCUCCCCCACUCCACUUCCGCCACUGCCGCCGCCCGCCCGCCAGCCCGCUGCCGCCGCCGCUGCUGCUACUACUACUACUCCAGUCCCCCUGCCCGCUGCCAGUAUCCCUCGUCGCUGCUCGUGCCGCCGCCGCCAGCGCGGCGCAGCUCCUCACCCGAGCCGCAAUUCUAACCUUGGCUGGCGGCUUUGGCGGCAGCAGGAACAGGAUACCCUCCCGUGGCGGCGGCUACGACGACUGCUCCUCCUCCUCCUCUCUUCAGCCUCUACCUCGCUCCCUCCUCUUCCUUCUCCUCCUCCUGCUGCUGCUGUUGCUGUUGCUGCUGCUGCUGCUGCUGCUGCUGCUACUGCCGCCGCCGCCACCACCGCCACCGCCACCGCCACCUCCACCUCCACCACCACCACCACCACCACCACCACCACUACAGCUGCUCUGGGUGGGGUGUGGAUUUUGCCCUUUAUUGUAGCUGUUGCCGAGUGGUAUUUUCGACGGCCUACGACCUGGCCAAGCUACUUUCGCUCUCGUUCUUGUCUUUCUUUUCCUAGGGGAAAGUGAGAAGACCUUAGCUUCGGGCGUCGCUUGGCUUCCUGUGAAGGAGACCAAGGAAGAUUUUGGGGUGGCUUCUUUCCUACCCUCUCCCCAUUUUCCCCGGGAGGGGUUCAAAGCUCCCGGACACUGAAGGCUGAAAAGUAUGAGUAGCGUUCUGUGCUUUCUCUCCAGGCUUAGGGAAUGCUGCUUGCUUGUGGGUGGCCACGUUUUGGACACCCGCAGUUCCAUUGGAUUUUCAGGUGAUGUCCUCGCGGCUAGGUGGAUGGAUGUGCCGUACAACUUUCCUUUUGACACAGCUGACUUGAUGCGUGUAUAGGAGCACAUAUUUUGUUUUGGUGGAAUAAUAGGAUCAUAACACAAGGUGAAGGAAGAUGAAGCACUGGGUACUGAACUACUACUUGGCAUUUUUGCUUUUGAAAAUGCACUUGUCUGUUUUUGUUUUUGUUUUUCCACUACUGGGGGAAUGGGCUUGUGGUCAAUGCUAUACGAGGGACGUACGAAAAUAUACAGAUGCCUAUCUCUCCUUUUUCCAAUCCCAUCUGGAUGUAACUGGACAUUAGUUAGCUCCAUGUGCAUUAAGGUAUUUGUGUGUUACUUUAUACAUCCCUCUCUGGGCUAGAUGGAGCUGUUGUGUCCUGGGGGUGGAGGUGGAGGUGGGGUGGGUGGGUGGAUGCCUUCUAGAGCAGAAGCUGCUGCUGACUGGAGCAUAUAGUGAGGUGUUGCUUCUAUUUUAUGUUGCUAUUGUCCGCAAGACAAUGUCUGUGCUGCAACAGGUUUUAAACUCAGUUUCUGAAGCUAAACCAGAGAAAGAACCUGUACUAGAUAAAAUAAUUAAGUAUUAAUUGGAUUACCCUUUAGAUUUCAUCUUAAGGCAGUAUCCUGUUUCCAGUACUUUUAAACUGUAACAAAUGAAGUAAAAUUCCAACUUGAACAAUCCUCCCUCUUUUUCUCAUCCUGUUUCCUUGAAUGAUAACUUGUUACCAUGCUCUUCUAUUAUUUGUAAAAGGGAGAAAGCCUUUACUUCAGAAGCAGUACAGUAGUAGAAUGAUUAAUUUAAAAUUGAGUAGAAUUUGAAUUGAAACCUUGACAUGUUUUCAGCCGGUUUAAUAAAUUUGGUAACAUGGGUUAAAUUAUUUGCUUGUGGAUAUUACCUCUUUUGAUUUAAAUAGUUAUGUAACAUUAAAAUUAAGUAGGGAUCUUGACAAAUCAUUUAAUAGGUGAGUUAGAAAUGUAGUCUAAAAAUCCUGAGAUUGAGCUGGUCUUUAUUAACUAAUACGCCUAUUCAAUAUUCAUCUUGAGGCACAGAAGAGAACUUUAUGGAAAGGUUUGGAAAAGUAUGAAAAAUCUAGGAAGAAAAACUAUUUUAAAUCCUGUAUCAAGAUAUCAUAACAGAAACUAGAAAGCACUCACCAAAAACAAGUUAAGACAAGUUUGUGGUAAUGACUUGUUUUUAAAGUUUGUACCUAAGGGCCCCAUGGAGGCCUGCUGAUUAAUUCAGUUUUAUCAUUUGUGGCCAUAGUCACAGACUUCAUGCCUAAUUUUGACCACCGUCCUGCACAUACCUGGGGUUGAAAACUCGUAUCAUAGAUGAAUCAGUCUAAAUCCUUCACAGACAAUGGGAGGGGGAAUAAAAGAUAUAUUGAUAAUCUUAAAUGGGAUGUGUAUUGUGUAUACCUAGUCUUGGUCCACAACUAAGAAAAGCUUGACAUUCUGAUUCUCUAGGGCAGUUAAAAUGUUAAUAUGUUUUACUUUAAUAAUAUUGUUUUGGAGGGAAAAAAUCUCAUAAAGUAGAAGCUUGAAUUAAUUUAAAAUUUUAUCCACAUUUUAGUUCAAGUUUUUAGGGCAAUCAUUACUUUCUUAUUAAUAAUUAUGAGCCCAUUUUUGGAUCUGGUUUUGUGUAUGUGUGAGAGAUAGUAUAGAACUGAAAAAUGCUUGUUAAUAUUUUUCCCCUCAUGAAACACAUAGCAUAAUACAAGUAAUGCUCUCCCAACUUUAUUCUUAGUGAGUAUUGGUAUUAAAUGUUUUCAAGCAUUGUAUUGCCAAAAUAUUAAAUUGUCACAAAUGAUAUAAUCUGAGAGUUACAAGGUGUCCUGAGAGGCUCUCUAGUCUAAAUUAUAACAGACUUAAUCUAAAACAUUCUUGGUAAGUGAUCAGCCAGCCUUCAUUUGAAGGCUCCUAGGCUGUGGGCUGCCCUGAAAAGCAGUUUUAAGACCCUUCCAAUUGUUACUUUCAAACACUUAAGUUCCUACCAUAUGACAGGAGCAGGCAGUUAGAAGUUUUUCAUAGUUACAAUCAUCAGGAAGUUUACAAAACAAAGAGCCCAUGGAUUUGAGACUAAUGUUUAUGACACCUAUUAAAAAUUAUGAUAGUAAUUUAUAAAAAUGAAAUGUGGUAAGCAUUAAGUACUCUUUCUACUUCACAUAGCUACAGAGUAACAUGUUAUUUUAUUUCCCAAUUAUGUUCAUUUUUAAGUAGAGAUACUAUAAUUACGUGAUUUUGAGUUUGAUUAUUCUAUUUAUGUUUACUUUUGUCAGAUACUUAAGUAUUUUUUUUCUAGAACACUAUUGCAGAAUCAGAAAUCUUUAAAAUGCAGACCAGAAAUUCUUCCUCUAGUACACCACCUAGUGUUUUAAUAGUUUAUAUGGAAAUGGCCAAACUGGGGUUCCAUAAGGAAACUACUUCAUGACCCAAGAAUUUCAGUGUCAGUAUUUUAUUGAUAGCUGUCCAAAACUUAUCUGAGGAAGGAAGAAGAAAAGGGAAGCAGAGGUGCUCUUUUCAACAGAAUUCCCUCCUUACUUUCUAUCAGUAAGAUGAUGUAUCAAAUAAGAUGAAGUACAUGAACAUGCUUUGCAAAUUACAAAUGUCAUGUACCUUCAAGACAGAAUGAUGAUUUAAAUUAAAUAAUAUAUAACAGUCACAGCUGGCUCCUUACCAGGAAAAUAGAAGAGAGUAUGAAGACCUAGAUUUGAGUCCUGACUGCCACUGAUUUUCACUUUGGGAGAUUAGGAAAGUUACUUUACCUCCCAGAGACAAGUUUCCUCAUCAGUAAAUGAGUAAUGAAUGAUCUCUUUAAAGUCCUCCCAGAUCUAAUAUUAUGUCUAUAACUUAAACCCCAGUUUAAUCAAGUAAUUUUAUGUUUUACUUUUUUUUUGGCCUCUGUUCAGUAAUUUCUUCCCCCAUCAAUUACUUUCAAAUAUUUACAAAUUAUCAUCUCUACAUGCAUCUAAUAUUGUUUUCCAUAGUAAGUUGACCUCUCUUAUUUUGUUAUAAGGGUCCAUGAUUUUCUCAUUAACAAGAUAACAUCUCACCUGAAGAAAGACACUGCCUCCUUAUUACAUGAAACAGAUAACACUGAAUGUAUUAUGAUCUGUUUAGAAUAUCCUGGAAAAGUAGACAUUUUUAAGGUUACUGAAAAUGCAUUUAAGCUAAGACUUAAGAAUUAUUGUAAGCUAUGAUUCAGAAUUUAUCAAAAUUAAAAUUAUUGUAAAGAGAACAACUAAAGUAUUUUUUUCAUAAUUUCUGAAAAUUUUGCACAAUUCCUGGCACAAAUUAAAGGAUUACUAAAUGCUUGUUGCCUUACUGACAUUACUUAAUCCUAAUAGGUUUUUUUGAAAUAAAGUUUUGUUUUCAGCUUAAUAAA